AAUCUUCAGAAAAAUAAUGGGUCAAACACUCAGCGAGCCUGUGACAGCUAAGAAAUUAGCAUGCUGCAGAAAUUCAAACUAUCGAGUUGGGAGUUCAUGCAUGCAAGGAUGGCGUAUAAAGAUGGAAGAUUGUCAUGUUCAUAUACUUUCAUUGCCUGAUGAUCCUGGUACUGCAUUUUUUGCGGUAUAUGAUGGUCAUGGAGGUGCAGCAAUGGCACAAUAUGCUGGAAAACAUCUUCAUGAAUACAUAACUGGAAGAAGUGAAUACAAAGCUGGUAACAUUGUUCAAGCUAUACAACAGGGUUUUUUGGAAUUAGAUAAAGCAAUGCAAAAUGAUGCAAUACUUAAAGAUGAACAAGCAGGAACUACUGUUAUAGCACUUCUCAUAAAGGACAAUGUUAUAUAUAGUGCAAAUGCAGGUGAUAGUAGGGCAGUGGCAAGUAUUAAUGGUAAUGCUGUUCCACUUAGUCGCGAUCAUAAACCUACAUUAAAAGACGAACGAGAAAGGAUCGAAGCUGCCGGUGGCUGGGUUGAAUUUAAUAGAGUCAAUGGUCAAUUAGCAUUAUCCCGUGCUUUGGGCGAUUUUAUGUUCAAACGAAAUGAACGUAAACCACCGCAAGAACAAAUCGUAACUGCUUUUCCUGAAGUUCAAGAAUUUCAAAUAACAGAGGAUUGGGAAUUUGUUGUGUUGGCUUGUGAUGGUAUUUGGGAUGUAAUGACAAGUAAUGAAGUCGUGAAUUUUAUAAGAACACGUUUAGUGCAGUCGAAAUUUGGAGCAGGAGAAGAACAAGAUACAAUGGAUCCUGAAGAAAUUUGUGAAGAACUUAUGAAACAUUGCCUUGCACCAGAUGCCUUAAUGGGUACUGGUUGCGAUAAUAUGACAGUUGUUCUUGUAUGUUUUCUUCAUGGAAAACCAUAUUCUCAUUUAAUUUCACGCUGCAAGGAGUCCAUUAGUGCAAAU